AUGAGCUAUAGAUGUGCUAUUAAACUAAUUGUACAAAUAAAUAUAGGAUCCACAAACUUUUCUCCAAUUUUAAAUAUAUAAAAAAAUAGGCAAACCGCUACUCCUUACUCCACCACUGGUUUUUCGAUGUGUCAAUGAUAUGUCGUUUGUCAUACAAAUGUCAUAAUACCAUAAAGUCAAAAUCAGCUGGAAAAAAAAACGAUAUUGAUUAAAAUAAUCAUUUGUCAUUUCUCAAAAUAAUAAAAAUUGAUAAAUCUAUAUUGUCAACAAAUUUGGUAACAGAAGAACCUAAUAAAUUGUGAUUAGCUGCUAACCAUUUAAUUAUAUUAUUCAAAAAUAAAUUGAUAAGAUUUUACUAUUUCCUUAUUCCUAAACAUGGCUUUCAAAUUGAGCUACAGUUUCGAAGGAAAUUCGAAAACUAAACCAGAACAAAACUUAUCUGGAGCAAGUAGAAAACUAACAAAAGAUAUAUUGCUGCAAAAGACCCAUGAAGAAAGACAAAAACGACAGGAACAAAGACUGAAGUUACAAAGUGCUGAAUUACUCCAAUCGCAUAUUCGAAGUUAUAUUGAGAGGAAACACAAAAAGGAUGAAGAACGAAGUCUUUUUGAUGAUCUUCAAAGCACUGCAGGAAUUCAAAUACUUCUUUCAAAGUUAUUAUUCUUUUAUGAUCCCGGACAAGAUAAAGCUAGAUUGUUUAAAAUAGCCGAUCAACUUGUGCAAUGCCAUAUGGACGUUCUGCAACAAAUCAAUGCCAACUUAUCAUUUUCUUGGUUGAUUAAGAGAUUUCUUGUCCAGUGUUUAAAAAAUCUGGAAGACAAUGCUGAGAGUAUGGUUUUAUUGAAAUCGUUGUAUAUAUUUACAAACAAUGCCCAUACAUUCACUUAUUUAAUCCAAAAAGAUUAUUAUGGAUAUCUGAGGAGACAACUAGAGAGUGGCAAACAUUAUUUACAAGAGACAAUUCUUUUAAUUCAGAAACCAUUCAAAUUUAUAAACGAAUCUGAUUCUUUAACCAACUUAGCCCUUUCCGAGUUCUGUCUACAUUUUUUGAAGCCAACGUUGACUUAUAAUGUCAAAAAAGUGCUCAUUCCAUAUAUGAAAAGUCAACCUCGAGAUCUACCAUUUGAAAAAUUAAUCCAAUAUCUAAAUAGUGGCUUUCAUCUUGAAAGUAGUCAUAGCUUAUUCUACUGCGUGCUGGAUUUGGAACCAGAUGAUUAUGAACCAAAUUGUGACAGUAUUGAAGUCCUUUCAAAACUAAGCGCUAAUAUUCAUCAAUUAAAACCGUCGUCAGAUUUGACAGAAAAUAGCGACGAUGAAGAAGAGGAAGAUCCUCUGACCAUUGAAAAAAGAUUACUACUGUCAGAUUAUUUGAAAAUUUUGAAUAAAUACGGCAAAGUCAAGAAAUGGCUCAAUUAUUUUGAGAAAAACAGCUCUGAUGAACAAAUCUUAAUGGCAUUUACUAAUUUAUGCCACAAUCUGCUGUUGGUUUACAAAGAUUCGAUGAGAAAAUAUUUAUUAUUGUACAAAUUCGGCCUAAAUAGUGUAUUUUUAACCAAACUAUGGGCGUAUUUGAAUAAAAACAAUACCGGACAAUUUGAAGCUAAAGGAUCUUGCUUGGUAGCAUGGAGGGAUUUUCACACAACAUUGUCUGUUUUCUGUGACAUGUUUACAUUCUACACUGAAACUUUGACUGAUAGUGAAAAUUCCGACACCAGUCACACUUUCUCUCAUAACGAAUUAUUCGCUAUGUCAAAAUUACUGAAAAACGUAGCAAGAGGUCUCAUAGAAGUGGCAUUUCCGAUGAGCAGAUCUAGCUCUGUACCUUCAACUCCGGAAGUUCUCCAUUUAUACAGGGCGUGCCUGCACUGUGUGCGCAUGUUGUAUACUUUGGAUUUGAGAAAGAAGUUCUGCCCUUUGGGAUUCUGGACGUUGGACAAAAUUCAUAUUCCUCCGGAUUUGGCCAGGAAAGAUUAUCUAUCGAAGAAGAUAUCGUCGUUUUACGGAUCUAAGGAAGAUGAAGAUGAACAAUUACCUCCACUGUCUACAAUAGAACAGCGUUCUUUGGCAAUUCUCGAAGAACUUCCGUUCCUCAUCAAUUUUAAUACGAGAGUUUUACUUUUGCGGGAUUUGUGUAGAAACAGUUUAGGAGAGGACGAUUAUCAAAGACUUCACCACGAACUGAUGCACGACAAUGUGAUAGUAAUACGUAGGACCCACAUCUAUGAGGAUGCUUUCGAUAAAAUAUCACAAAAAAGUGAGUUGGACUUGAAACAUAAAGUUAGAAUCCAAUUUAUAAAUAGCGUUGGACUGGAAGAAGCGGGGAUCGAUGGUGGUGGUAUAUUUAAAGAAUUUUUAAAUGAAGUUCUUAAAACAGCUUUAGAUCCAAAUAGAGGCUUUUUCUUGUUAACUGCUGACAAUACUCUGUACCCAAAUCCGAAUGUUCAUCUUAUAGUCGAUAACUUUACUGAUCACUACUAUUUCAUAGGAAGGCUAGUAGGAAAGGCUAUAUUUGAAAAUAUACUAGUAGACCUACCUUUAGCAGAAUUCUUCCUAGCAAAAUUAUUAGUGGAUCGAGCACCUGCUCAUUAUUUAAAAUCUUUAGACCCAGUUCUAUACAGAAAUUUGCUAUAUCUCAGAGAUUAUAAUGGAGAUAUAAGCGAUUUGGGCCUCGACUUUACUACAGUCAAUAACGAUUUGGGAGAAACUAGAGUAAUGGACCUCAAACCGGAUGGUUCAAACAUUCCAGUGACAAAUGAAAAUAGGCUAGAAUACAUUCAAAGAUUGGCAGAUCUCAAAUUAAACAGUCAAUUAAGGAAACAAUGUAUCGCUUUUAGGGACGGUCUUAACAGUGUCGUACCUCUCACUUGGUUAAAGCUAUUUAGUCACACAGAACUGCAAGUUAUUAUUGGCGGUGAUACACAAGAGAUUGAUGUUAACGAUUUAUGUGAACAUACUGCAUACGGAGGGGAAUUUUCAGCAGAUCAUCCAACCAUAGUUUUAUUCUGGAAAAUUGUACACAGAUUUACAGAAGUACAGAAAAAACAAUUAUUGAAAUUUGUAACGAGUUGUUCCAGACCACCUUUAUUGGGUUUUAAGGAACUCAAUCCUUCGUUUUGUAUUCAAUCUUCUGGGACUGAAAAUAGAAUGCCAACAUCAAGUACCUGUUUGAACUUGCUCAAAAUUCCAAUUAUCACAGACGAAGAAGUUUUGAGAAGUAAAUUAUUGUCGGCUAUUGAGCAACAAGCCGGCUUUGAACUGUCCUAAUUUAUUUUGAAAAAUAAUUGUUAAUACCUC